UUGUGCUGCUGCGCCGGCUAUUUAUCUCAGGAGUCGUGACUCUCCCGUUUACACUGGUAGUUAGGUUAUUGGACGGUUCCUGGUUUACCCGCCGUUGCUUCACAAGCCCGUGGCCUUUUCCAUUGCCUCCUUUAAAUGAGACAGAAUGUCGGGCACAACCCCAGAGUACUCACCGUUCUUCGCAGUGAUGGGAGCCUCCGCGGCUAUGGUGUUCAGCGCCUUGGGAGCGGCCUACGGCACGGCUAAGAGCGGCACAGGCAUCGCCGCCAUGUCUGUGAUGCGGCCGGAGCUCAUCAUGAAGUCCAUCAUCCCCGUGGUCAUGGCUGGUAUCAUAGCCAUCUACGGGCUGGUAGUAGCAGUGCUGAUCGCCAACAACAUCUCAGACAAAAUCACUCUUUACAAGAGUUUCCUCCACCUGGGCGCCGGGCUGAGCGUGGGCCUGAGCGGCUUGGCGGCCGGCUUCGCCAUCGGCAUCGUGGGCGACGCCGGCGUGCGGGGAACGGCCCAGCAGCCCCGGCUUUUCGUGGGCAUGAUCCUCAUCCUGAUUUUCGCCGAGGUCCUGGGUCUGUACGGGCUCAUCGUCGCCCUCAUCCUCUCCACGAAGUAACACGAAGCCGCUUCAUCGGUCCUUUUAAAGUUGCUGCUGGAGGGAAAAAAGUGUAAAAGAAAAAUAGAGAAAAUAUGGAGGAAAUGAAAUACUGGCUCCAUAAAUAUGGUCUUUUCUCAACAAUGUGUACAGUCGUCCCGAUUUGAUAGUCAACUUGUAAAUGCGCAUUGUAGUGAUUUGUCUGUCCUGUGUGUGUGUGUGCGUGUGUUUAAAGAAAAAAAUAGAAAUUGUCGGAUAAAGACUCGUUUUCUCCCUCCACUUUCUUCAGAGCGACUCUGCUUUUCCCCACAUCAACCUGGGAGCUGUAAUAUUAUUAUUAAAAACAAUAAUCACAAGGAUCUGUUUGUAAAAAAACAUGUAUGGACUUGAGAUUUUUGUUCUGCUGAUUUUUAUUUAUAAUGACGUGUUCACUGAACUGUUGAGAUGCAGCAAAAGUCUAAUUGUCCAAGAUAUUAUACAUAUAUAAAUACAUAAAUAUCACUAGGUUUAAUGCACUGUGGGUUGUGAUAAGUGGUUGGAUUUCCUCUUUCUUUUUUUUGAUUAAGAUUGCCUUUGGUCUGUCGCUGGUGGCGUGUAGCUUUAUGAACAUUUCUGGGUUUUUGUUUUUUAAACGUCAGUGUUUUUUCCUCGUAGUGCUGCUGCUGUUUGCAUUAAAGAUGUCGGGUCUCGCCGCUGUGAUUUCCACAUUCCACCUCAUUUUUCACGACCAUCUCAUCUGUGGCUGUUCCUCCAUCCCAGGCGUUAAAAACAAAAAAAACCCUCAUGGGAUUCAGUGCUUUCUUGCUCAGAAGAUUUUAUCCAGAUCAAGAUGUAUUUAAUUAAAAAGAAAAAAGAAAUCAGACAUGAUUAGCUUUAAAGUUAUGCAAUUUAUUUUUUUUUAAUCUGGAGCAUAUUUUCUGGAACUAGAAUUGCUGUCCAUCAAUAAUCCUGUACAAGGUCUGGAUGUAUCAGUUUCUCAAUUAAAGAUUCCAACUGUU